GAGAAUAGCUACAGAUUCUCCAUCCUCAGUCUUUGCAAGGAGACAGCUGUGCCAGCUGGGCUCUGGCAGGCUCCUGGCAGCAUGGCAAUGAAGCUUGGGACCCUCCUGCUGGCCCUUGUCCUGGGCCUGGCCCAGCCGGCCUCUGCCCGCCGGAAGCUGCUGGUGUUUCUGCUGGAUGGUUUUCGCUCAGACUACAUCAGUGAUGAGGCACUGGAGUCAUUGCCUGGUUUCAAAGAGAUUGUGAGCAGGGGAGUAAAAGUGGAUUAUUUGACUCCAGACUUCCCUAGUCUCUCGUAUCCCAAUUACUAUACCCUAAUGACUGGCCGCCACUGUGAAGUCCAUCAGAUGAUCGGGAACUACAUGUGGGACCCCAACACCAACAAGUCCUUUGACAUUGGCGUCAACAAAGACAGCCUGAUGCCUCUCUGGUGGAAUGGGUCAGAACCUCUGUGGAUCACUCUGACCAAGGCCAAAAGGAAGGUCUACAUGUACUACUGGCCAGGCUGUGAGGUUGAGAUUCUGGGUGUCAGACCCACCUACUGCCUAGAAUAUAAAAAUGUCCCAACGGAUAUCAAUUUUGCCAAUGCAGUCAGCGAUGCUCUUGACUCCUUCAAGAGUGGCCAGGCCGACCUGGCAGCCAUAUACCAUGAGCGCAUCGACGUGGAAGGCCACCACUACGGGCCUGCAUCCCCGCAGAGAAAAGAUGCCCUGAAGGCUGUAGACACUGUCCUGAAGUACAUGACCAAGUGGAUCCAGGAGCGGGGCCUGCAAGACCGCCUGAACGUCAUCAUUUUCUCGGAUCACGGAAUGACCGACAUUUUCUGGAUGGACAAAGUGAUUGAGCUGAAUAAGUACAUCAGCCUGAAUGACCUGCAGCAAGUGAAGGACCGCGGACCUGUUGUGAGCCUUUGGCCGGCCCCUGGGAAGCACUCUGAGGUAUAUAACAAGCUGAGCACAGUGGAACACAUGACUGUCUACGAGAAAGAAGCCAUCCCAAGCAGGUUCUAUUACAAGAAAGGGAAGUUUGUCUCUCCUUUGACUUUAGUGGCUGAUGAAGGCUGGUUCAUAACUGAGAAUCGAGAGAUGCUUCCGUUUUGGAUGAACAGCACCGGCAGGCGGGAAGGUUGGCAGCGUGGCUGGCACGGCUACGACAACGAGCUCAUGGACAUGCGGGGCAUCUUCCUGGCCUUUGGACCUGAUUUCAAAUCCAACUUCAGAGCUGCUCCUAUCAGAUCGGUGGACGUCUACAACGUCAUGUGCAACGUGGUGGGCAUCACCCCACUGCCCAACAAUGGGUCCUGGUCCAGGGUGAUGUGCAUGCUGAAAGACCACGCCGGCACCGCCCCGCCUGUCCAGCCCAGCCACUGCGCCCUGGCCCUGAUCGUUGUCCUCCUGCUUGCGUAACUGAUCCUAUUGCUUGUCCCAACAAAAACACCAUCAGCAAAGUGGGCCUCCAAAGCUGGAUGAUUUUCAUUUCGUGUGUGAAUAAUAGCUUCAUUAACACAAUCAAGGCCAUGCACAUUUUAAAUAUAUUAUUCUUGGAUAAUUCUAUACAUAAAAGUUCCUACUUGUUAAAAAAAGAUACAAACCUUGUUUUUCCAGAAGGUAGAAAAAUCCUAGCUUUCCAUUUGUUCAGUUAUAUGUCAUUUUCUCCUUUCUUUUCACAUUACUCAGGAUGAACUCUCUGAGCAGGGACCUGCUCCUGCAGCAACCAAACUUGGAGUGGACACUGCAGACAGAUGCGGCUCUGGGCCCCUCUCUGUCCCACCUUGCACAAAGGAGCCCCUCAGACCAGGCCCUUGUCUGUGCCCUGUCCAUACCCAGGAGCCAUCCUCAGUGUCUGUGGCCACAAUCCUGUACUGUCCCUUCCAUCCCGAUAAAAGGAGGUCUACACGAAAGCAAAAGCUACUGUCUAUUUCUGACCCAACUCAUGGAAUUUUUUCAUCUUAUACUGAGUUCCAGAAAGGCCAUAACUUAGCAUGGAUCACCAAUCAAUCAAAAGAUAAAGAAAUCACUAAGGAUUGGAGAACUCACAGAACAAGGUGAAAGACACGAGUCCCCUCCCAAAGUCUGAGUGCACAAAAGUUUCUCCCUUGCCUUGAGGAGCAGAAAAGCUUCUGAUGGACAUGGGUUUCUGUGAGACUUAUCACACAUAGUACAUCAUGGCAUGAAGCCUGGCACAUAGCAGGCCCUGCUUGUUGAUGGACGGAUGAAUGGCCUGCCUGGCUGCCUGCCCUGCCCAUCCACCUGUGCAAAGGCUUCCUCAGAUGCUGCCACUCUGUGGCUCCCAAUACAGGGUGCAGACAAGAGCACUCCCUGACAUGGUAGUAUAGGCUGGGAAAGCGCUGGCUCACUGAUGAGAAUGUGGAGGCAUCAGCAAGGAUCUCAGUG